GGUCACCUCAGAGACGCGUAGAAAGAUGUCAGCCAGACAGGACCGGCUAUAGCCGGUAGCUUCGACCUUCGAGAGAGGCCCCGUGAACCUCAGAGUCACCCUCGCGUCUCUUUUAAGCCGGCCCGUUUCGGACUUGCAAAUACCCGAAAAUAAAAAUAAGGAGAAAAUAAAAUAAUCGGAUAUAAUUUAUUUUUCUUUUGUUCAAUUUAUCAUUGCCUUUCUUUUUCUGGAGAAAAAGGUGGUGCCGGGGGAGUUCGCCGUGAAAGUGAGUGAUCAUUAACGGUGAUGGUGCGCAGCGGAAGCGUAGCAGGACUAUCGACAGUGGUGAUGGCGCACUGGCUCAAAGACGCCUCCAAUUGGUGGGAACAAAUUAACGAGUCUCGGGUCUGGCAGGAUCGAAUCUUUCACGUCCUUGCUGCUCUCUACGGCGUCGUCGCCGCCGUUGCUCUGGUUCAACUGGUUCGAAUACAAUUGAGAGUGCCAGAGUAUGGAUGGACCACGCAGAAGGUCUUCCACUUUCUCAAUUUCUUGGUGAAUGGGGUUCGGUCAUUGGUUUUUGUGUUUCGUCGGGAGGUGCAGAAGUUACAACCAGAGAUUGUCCAACAUGUCUUGCUCGAUAUGCCAAGUCUUGCUUUCUUCACGACAUAUGCGCUUUUGGUUCUUUUCUGGGCAGAGAUUUACUAUCAGGCACGUGCUGUAUCUACAGAUGGACUUCGACCAAGUUUCUUUACAAUUAAUGCAGUGGUUUAUGCUGUUCAGAUUGCUUUGUGGUUGAUAUUAUGGUGGAAGCCUAUACGAAUUGCGGUCAUCCUAUCAAAGAUGUUCUUUGCAGGUGUCUCUUUGUUUGCAGCCCUUGGGUUUCUCUUAUAUGGUGGAAGACUCUUCUUGAUGUUGCAGCGCUUCCCUGUAGAAUCCAAAGGACGACGUAAAAAGCUGCAAGAGGUUGGCUAUGUGACCACUAUAUGUUUUUCAUGUUUCCUUGUUAGAUGCAUCAUGAUGUGUUUUAAUGCAUUUGAUAAAGCAGCAGACCUUGAUGUUUUGGAUCAUCCUGUUCUGAACUUCAUAUAUUACCUGUCGGUCGAGAUAUUACCUUCUUCUUUGGUCCUUUUCAUUCUGAGGAAGUUGCCUCCAAAACGUGGGAUUACUCAAUAUCACCCAAUUCGUUGAGAGGAUUGAAGAUAACAGAUGAUGAAAGGCAAAGGUAGAGAAAGGGGAGUAAUGGAUGAGGCAGCUUUUGAGAUGCUUAUCUAGCGCCUCUAAAAAGAACAAAGAGCUAUUUAAAAAAAAAAAAAAACAGAAGUUAACUGUAAUGCGCUCCUCUGGCUAUAGGGGGUUGUAGAUUUGUUGAAAAGGAAUUAUGUUUCUAAGGAUAGUGAAAUAUGUUGACUCUGUUAGUGUCAUGAUCUUUGCUUUGUAUGUCUUGAAUCUUGAGAUCAUGUAAUUGGUGUUCUUUUCGGUUCAACACGACACAACUUUGUGAGCAUCCAUUCAUGCCUAUUAUGUAAAGGAAAAGGAGAGAAAAGAGAGCUUCUCGAAUGCUUCAUGAAAUUGUGAAACUGUGUUCUCUGCCAGAUUUAAUGAAAAUGUGAUUUGCGUUGGGGUU